AUGGAGUAUGGGAGUAUUCUUAGCAUUGCAAAUAAUGUACAGGUUAUAAAGACUGAGGGUGCAAGGAUUCCACCAGAAGUUAAAGCUUUCAUUGACAGGGUGAUUAAGAGUCCAUUACAUGAUAUAGCCUUACCUCUUUCAGGCUUUCAUUGGGAGUAUAAUAAGGGUAACUUUCACCAUUGGAGGCCAUUGUUUCUGCAUUUUGAGACGUAUUUCAAUACCUAUAUUUCAUGUAGAAAAGAUCUGCUUCUGUCUGAUAAUAUUGCGGAGGAAGAGUUAUUUCCUAAGCAUUCCGUGUUGCAUAUUUUGAGGGUGAUGCAAAUAAUUCUGGAAAAUUGCCACAACAAAAGUUCAUUUAGUGGACUAGAGCAUUUCAGGUUUCUACUUGCAUCCACAGAUCCAGAGAUUUUGAUUGCUACCCUGGAAGCUCUUUCUGCAUUAGUGAAAAUAAAUCCUUCCAAAUUACAUGUGAGUGGAAAGCUGAUUAGCUGUAGUUCUAUAACCAACCACCUUCUUUCUCUAGCACAAGGUUGGGGCAGCAAAGAAGAAGGCUUAGGCUUAUGCUCAUGUGUUGUGGCAAAUGAGAGAAACCAACAUGAAGGAUUGUCUUUGUUCCCAUCAGUUGCGGAGAAUGAAUGUGAUGGAACCCAAUAUCGUCUUGGUUCAACCCUUCAUUUUGAAUUCAAUAAUGCUGCUUCAGGGAGAGUUGAUCAGACCAGUGAGAAAAGCAAAUCUACAGACUUGAAUGUCAUAUAUAUUCCAGAUCUGCAUCUCCAGAAGGAGGAUGAUUUAGUCAUUUUGAGGCAGUGUGUCGAUAAAUUCAAUGUACCUAUGGAACAUAGAUUCUCGUUGCUGACAAGGAUUAGAUAUGCGCAUGCCUUCCGUUCUCCAAGAGCAUCUCGUCUUUACAGCAGGAUCUGCAUUCUUGCAUUCACUGUUUUGGUGCAGUCCAGUGAUGCUCAUGAUGAACUGGCGUCUUUCUUUGCUAAUGAACCUGAAUACACAAAUGAGUUGAUAAGGCUUGUUCGCUCUGAAGAAUCUGUCCCUGCAAACGUAAGGGCACUUGCUAUGCUUGCAUUGGGGGCACAAUUGGCUGCAUAUGCAUCAUCUCAUGAACGGGGCAGGAUACUGAGUGGCUCAAGUAUUAUUUCUGGUGGGGGAAAUCGGAUGGUGCUAUUAAAUGUUCUUCAGAAGGCAAUCUUAUCAGUCAGUAACCCAACUGAUCCUUCCUCUCCUUUAUUUGUUGAUGCUCUUCUACAGUUUUUCCUUCUACAUGUUCUAUCCUCUUCAAGUUCUGGCAGUGCUAUUAGAGGUUCAGGAAUGGUUCCCCCUCUGUUACCCCUCUUACAUGACAAUGAUCUAUCACAUAUUCAUCUUGUCUGCUCUGCAGUAAAGACUCUUCAAAAGUUGAUGGAGUACAGCAGCCCAUCUGUAUCCCUGUUCAAAGAUCUUGGUGGGGUUGAACUUUUGUCUCAAAGGUUGCAGACUGAAGUACAUAGAGUUAUUGCUGAAGUGGAUGAAAUAAACAAUGCUAUGGUUAUCGGUUAUUCAACAAAAUGCGAAGGAGAUCAUUUGUACUCACAAAAACGUUUGAUUAAGGCUUUGCUAAAGGCACUGGGGUCUGUGACAUAUUCUCCAGCAAAUUCUACGAGGUCACGCAACUCACAUGAUAGUUCUUUGCCUUCUUCGUUAUCUCUUAUAUUUCAGAAUGUUAAUAGAUUUGGAGGGGUCAUAUACUUUUCAGCGGUGACUGUUUUGAGUGAAAUCAUACACAAGGACCCGACAUGCUUUCCUAUUCUGGACCAGUCUGGUCUGCCUGAUUCUUUCUUGACUUCAGUUGUAACAGGGAUUCUCCCUUCUACAAAAGCAUUGAUCUGUGUUCCUAGUGGUCUAGGUGCAAUUUGCCUUAAUAAUAAAGGGUUGGAAGCAGUCAAGAGAGCUUCUGCAUUGAGGUUUCUUGUCGAUACAUUCACAACCAGGAAGUAUUUGGUGGCAAUGAAUGAAGGUGUUGUCCUACUAGCAAAUGCUGUUGAGGAGCUUCUUCGACAUGUAUCCUCAUUGAGAAGCAGUGGCGUGGACAUAAUUAUUGAAAUUAUCAAUAGACUUUCUUCUGUAGGAGAAGCCAAAUGUGAAGCUUCUGGAAAACUGGAUGAGAAUACCGCCAUGGAGACAGACACUGAAGAAAACGUAAGUGAAGGGCAUGAUUUGGUUAGUGUAGCAGACUCCACUGCUGAUGGCAUUAGUGAUGAGCAGUUUGUCCAGCUGUGCAUAUUUCAUGUGAUGGUACUGGUACAUCGAACAAUGGAAAAUUCUGAAACAUGUAGGUUAUUUGUGGAGAAGGGAGGGAUAGAUAAUUUGAUGAAACUUCUAUUGCGGCCUAGUAUCACACAAUCGUCAGAAGGGAUGCCUAUUGCUUUACAUAGUACUGUGGUUUUUAAGGGCUUUACUCAUCACCAUUCUGCUUCCUUAGCACGGGCAUUUUGUUCCUGUCUGAGGGAUCACCUUAAGAAAGCUUUGAGUGGGUUCAGCUCUGCUUCUGGUUCUUUUUUAUUGACUCCGGAUGCUGCCACUGAUAGCGGAAUCUUUUCUUCACUUUUUGUUAUUGAAUUCCUUUUGUUUCUGGCUGCCUCUAAAGAUAAUCGUUGGAUAAGUGCAUUACUAACUGAAUUUGGUGACUCGAGCAAGGUUGUCUUAGAAGAUAUUGGACGCAUUCAACGAGAAGUAUUAUGGCAGAUUUCCCUUCUUGAGGACUCAAAGAUUGAGAUUGAUGGUGAGAGCUCUGCUGCAAACUAUGUGCAAAGAUUAGACCCUCGUAUAAAUGAAGCUGAUGACCAAAGGUUCAGUUCUUUUAGGCAGCAUCUUGAUCCAUUAUUGAGGCGAAGAGUAUCUGGAUGGAGUAUUGAAUCUCAAGUUUCUGACCUUAUAAGCAUAUACCGAGAUCUUGGUCGAGCUUCUACUAGGCCUCAGAGACGUGGAAGUGAUAGCUAUAUGAUUUCACGGUCUACGUCAAGUUCUCGACCACAAUCAGAUGUUUCUCCAGAUGCCAGUGGUGUUGGCAGGAUUGAUGAUGACAAACAAAGAUCGUAUUAUUCUUCCUGUCGUGAUAUGGUGAGGUCACUUUCAUACCAUAUCAGUCAUUUGUCAAUGGAGCUGGGAAAAGCAAUGCUGCUUUCUUCUCGUCGUGAAAACAAUCCUACAACGCCUUUUUCUGCACAAUCAGCCUCUGUUGGUACCCACUCUUUUCCUUCCAUCAUGUUGGAUCACUUGAAUUUUAGAGGUCAUGUUAAUCCGUCCCAAGGUGAGGCCUGCAUAUCUGCAAAGUGUAGAUACCUUGGCAAGGUUAUUGAAUUUAUUGAUGGAGUUCUGUUGGAAAGGCCAGAUUCAUGUAAUGCGGUCAUGCUUAAUUGCUUUUAUACCUGUGGGGCGUUUGAGUCAGUCCUGACUACUUUUGAAGCCACUAGUCAGUUGCUUUUUGCAGUUAAUAGUGUGCCUGCUUCUCCCAUGGAAACAGAAGAAAUAACCUUGAAGCAGGAGAAAAAAGAAGCAGACAAUUCCUGGAUUGAUGGUCCCUUGGCCAGCUACUGUGCACUUAUGGACCACCUAUCAACAUCACCAUUCAUCUUGUCCACCUCAACAAAACAGUUACUUGAACAACCUUUUGUGAAUGGACUUAAUCCCCUCCCUCAGAAUGCUGAGGCAUUUGUAAAGCUUCUACAAUUAAAGGUUUUUAAGGCAGUCCUCCCUAUUUGGACUCACCCCCACUUUGUAGAUUGCAAUUUGGAAUUCAUCGGUGCUAUGAUCUCUAUUAUGAGGCAUGUUUAUUCUGGUGUAGAAGUUAGGAACGUCAGUGGUGCAGGAACUCGACUGGUUGCUCCUCCACCAGAUGAAUCGUCAAUAGCAAUGAUUGUUGAAAUGGGGUUUUCCCGAGCUAGGGCUGAAGAAGCUUUAAGACAGGUGGGAACCAAUAGUGUUGAGAUUGCAACGGAUUGGUUAUUCUCGCACCCAGAAGAACCACAGGAAGAUGAUGAACUUGCCCAAGCACUUGCCAUCUCCCUAGGGAACUCAGAUAAACUUUCAAAAGCUGAAGGUGCACAUACGGAUCAUCCUGAUUAUGAAGAGGAAACAAUUGAGUUACCUUCCGUUGAUGAGAUAUUAUCAGCAUGUCUCAAACUCUUGCAGGCGAAGGACUCCCUAGCAUUCUCCGUUCAUGACCUGCUCGUGAUGAUUUGUUCUCAAAAUGAUGGCAACUAUCGAUCAAAGGUCCUGACAUUCAUCAUCGACAAUAUCAAGGGUGGUUGUACCACUUCUGAUCCAUCCAGAAACACUAUGUUAUCUUCUCUUUUUCAUGUUCUUGCGCUGGUUCUUCAUGAUGACCCAGCAACCCGGGAAGUUGCCUCUGAGGCUGGUCUUGUAAAUAUUGCUGUGGAUCUGCUUUCUGAUUGGGACGCUGGCUCAUGUGAUAGUGAUAAACCUCAAGUACCCAAGUGGGUCACGCCAUGCUUUCUCUGUAUUGAUCGACUACUGCAAGUGGAUCCAAAGAUGACUCUAGAAAUCCCUGAAUUGGAGCAGCUGAAGAAGGAUGAUGUUGAUACCCAACACUCUGUUGUGAUUGACAAUGACAAAAAGAAGGAUUCACUCACCAAGGGACCAACUUCUGGGAUCAUUGAUAGUAAUGGCCAGGAGAAGCUGCUCGAGAUAUCUUGCAGGUGUAUAAAGAACCAGUUGCCUUCUCAGACAAUGCAUGCAGUGCUCAAGUUGUGUGCAACUCUUACCAAAGUUCACUCUGUUGCAGUUAGCUUCCUUGAUGCUGGAGCUUUACGAGCCAUGCUUAGCUUGCCUAUUGGUAGCCUAUUUCCUGGGUUCAACAAUGUUGCAGCUACAAUAAUCCGUCACAUUUUAGAAGAUCCUCAUACUUUGCAGCAAGCUAUGGAGUUGGAAAUCCGCCAUAGUCUUGUCACAGCUAUAGGUAGACAUGGCACUGCAAGGGUCACGCCACGCAGUUUUGUUCAGAGUUUGUCCUUCGCUAUAUUGAGGGAUCCAGUAAUAUUUAUGCAGGCUGUGCAAGCUAUUUGCCAGAUUGAGAUGGUAGGUGAUCGGCCAUAUAUUGUGCUUCUAAAAGAUCGUGAGAAAGAGAAACGACAAGAUAAGGAUAAAUCCAUAGAAAAAGACAAGCAACCUGCUGUCCACAAGAAGGUUACUAGUGGAGAUGUGAGUACCGCAGCUCCAGGCAAUGGGAAUGUUAAAGUGCCAGAUUCAAAUGCUAAAAGUGCUAAGAUUCAUAGGAAAUCACCUCACAGUUUCACAUGUGUUAUCGAGCACCUAUUGGAUACUGUUGUGACUUAUGUUCCUCCUCUAAAAGUUGAUGACCUAGUUGAUGAUGCUCCGGGUAACCCUCCUUUGGCUGAUAUGGACAUUGAUAGCACUAGUGCAGCCAAAGGAAAAGGGAAAGCUCUUGAUGUUUCAUCUGAAGAGAGCAGAAUUGCUGGGCAGGAGGCAUCAGCUUUUCUCGCCAAGACAGUUUUUGUGUUGAAGCUGUUAACUGAAAUAUUCCUGACCUAUGCUUCGUCAAUUCAUCUACUGCUCCGCAGAGAUGGUGAAAUCAGCAAUUUCCGCGGAAGUUCUAAAAGGGCAUUGUCUACUAAUUGUACUGGGGGAGCAUUUCAACAUAUUCUGCACAAUUUCCUGCCAUACCCCGGGACAUACAAGAAGGAUAAAAAAGUAGAUGGAGAUUGGAGGCAUAAAUUAGCAACCAGGGCUAACCAGUUUUUGGUGGCAUCAUCUAUUCGUUCGAGUGAGGGGCGGAAAAGGAUAUUCUCUGAAAUUAAUAAUACAUUCAAUGACUUUGUUUACUCUGCAAAGGGCUAUAGGGCACCUGAUUCCUCUAUGCAUGCGUUUGUUGAUCUUCUUAAUGAUGUACUUGCAUCCCGUUCACCUACAGGUUCAUAUAUUUCUGCAGAAGCUUCAGCGACUUUCAUUGAUGUUGGGCUUGUGAGGUCACUGACUCGAGCUUUACAAGUUCUGGAUUUGGAUCAUGCUGAUUCGCCGAAGUUAGUUACUGGUAUUAUCAAGGCCCUUGAUUUGGUGACCAAGGAGCAUGUACUUUCUGUUGACCAUAAUUCUGCAAAAGGUGGAAACUCAGCGAAGGUAAAUAGUGAUCAGAAUCAAGUGGACUCAUCUUACAAUGUUGGCAACAGGUUCCAAUCAUUGGAAACCACAUCUCAACCUGAUCAUAAUGAAGUGGCAGGAGAACAUGUGGAAUCUUUCGAUGCUGGGCAAAAUUCAGUAGGUUCAGAUUCUGUUGCAGAUGAUAUGGAUCACGACCAAGAUCUUGGUGUAUUUGCUCGUGAAGCUGAAGACAAUUUUAUGCAUGGAACUUCAGGAGAUGGUGGAUGCCUAGACAAUGGUGUGUCAUCUGUUGAAAUUAGAUUUGAUAUCCAUCAGAAUGAUGAGGAAGAUGUUAUCCGUGAUGAAGAUGAUGAUGAUAUGUCGGGGGAUGAGGGACACGAAGCAGAGGAAGAUGAUGAAGAGGAAGAAGAGAAUAAUGAUUUGGAGGAAGAUGUAGUCCAUCAGAUGUUACAUCCUGACACAGAUCAAGAUGAUCAUGAUAUUGAUGAUGAAGAGUUUGAUGAAGAUAUAAUGGAGGAAGAGGAAGAGGAAGAUGAUGAUGACGAUGACGAUGAUGGGGUGAUUCUCCGGUUGGAGGAGGGUAUUAAUGGGAACAUAUUUGACCAUAUUGAGGUUUUCAGUGGCAGUAAUAAUUUUUCCAAUGAAACACUGCGUGUGACGCCUCUUGAUAUUUUUGGGUCAAGAAGACCUGGCCGCACUACUUCUAUUUAUAAUCUUCUCGGAAGAUCUGGUGAGCAUGGCGGUAACCAUGAACACCCACUUCUGGAAGAACCCUCUGCAUUCCUAGACUUGGUUAAUCAAAGACAGUCCGAAAAUGCAGUUGAUAUGGCCUUCUCGGAUAGACAUCAUGAGAGUAAUUCUGCACGAUUGGAUGCUAUCUUCCAGACAUUGAGGAGUGGGAGACAUGGUCAUCGAUUCAAUACGUGGUUAGAUGAUAGACACCAGCGCAGUGGGUCUAGUGCAGCUUCUGUGCCUCAAGGUAUUGAGGAGAUACUGGUUUCUCAGUUGAGACGGCCUACACCAAUACCUGAAGAAUCCACUCGCCAAGAUGCUGCUUCAGCUCCACGUGGAGAAAAUAAUGAUUCCAGCCAGUUACAGGGAUCUGAAAGUCAGGUAAACGAAGAAACACCGGGAGAAGGGAAUGAAAAUAAUGAUAACAUGGUUACACCUUCACCUGUAACGGUGGUCAAUGGAGCUGGUAAUGUUGGUGAGGGACCUGCUGGUGGUGACAUGCAUCAAGAAGGGCACACAUCUGUAAGGGAGGAAAAUAUUGGCAUGCAAUAUGAACGCAGUGAUGCAAUCAUACGAGAUGUUGAGGCAGUGAGCCGAGGAAGCAGUGGGAGUGGGGCUACUCUAGGGGAAAACCUUUGUAGUUUGGAAGUGGAAAUAGGAAGGGUUGAUGGGCAUGAUGAUGUAGAAAGGCAGGGCCCAACGGACAGACUUCCUUUAGGUGAUUUGCAAGGGGCAACUCGGUCGAGAAGGUCAUCAGGGAGCACAUUGCCAAUGGGCAGCAGAGAUGUACCUCUGGAAAGUGUUAGGGAGGUUCCACCAUAUCCUAGUGGAGAUGCUAAUGAGAAUGCUGUACUGGAGGACAACCAGCACAACAGAAGUAGUGGUCCGGAUUCGAUAGAUCCGGCAUUUUUGGAGGCUCUCCCUGAAGACCUACGAGCUGAAGUGCUUAAUUCAAGACAGAGUCAAGUAGCAGAACCUUCUAGUGAUCAAUCCCAAGCUGAUGGAGAAAUUGAUCCUGAAUUUCUUGCUGCCCUACCUCCUGAUAUCCGAGAGGAGGUGUUAGCACAACAACGUGCUCAAAGGCGAACCCAGUCACAUGAGUUGGAAGGACAACCUGUUGAAAUGGAUGCUGUGUCGAUAAUUGCUACUUUUCCUUCAGAAAUACGAGAAGAGGUGCUUUUAACAUCUCCAGAUACUCUUUUGUCCACUCUAUCACCUGCACUUGUUGCAGAGGCAAAUAUGUUGCGGGAAAGGUUUGCACAUCGGUAUCAUAGCAGCACACUUUUUGGCAUUCAGUCAAGAAAUCGGCGAGUUGAAUCUUCUAGACGGGGUGACAUGUUCGGAUCCAGUUUGGGUAGAAAUGCUGCAGAUGCUGCUUCUCGCAAAUCUGCAGCUGGCAAGGUGAUUGAAACUGAUGAUGCACCACUUGUUGAGACAGAUGAUUUGAAAGCAUUAUUCAGGAUUCUUUGUGUUGUUCAGCCUCUUUAUAAAGGUCAAUAUCAGAGGCUUCUCUUGAGUUUAUGUGCUCAUAACAAAACUAGAACAUCUUUGGUGCAAAUUCUGUUGGGCAAGUUGAUGCUUGAUCUUUGGGGAUCUUGUAAGAGUAAAGUCAAUGUUUUUGAAUCACCACAUCGACUUUAUGGCUGUCAAAGUUACAUUACAUAUUCCCGUCCACAAUUCUCAGAUGGAGUUCCUCCAUUGUUGUCUAGGCGAAUCUUAGAAACUUUAACCUACUUGGCUCGUAAUCAUGAAUAUGUGGCCAAACUGUUGCUCAAUAUUGAGAUUCCACGUCUAGUUUUGUGUGACCUUGAAAUGUCCAAUCAAGGGCGUGGUAAAGCUCUUAUUAUGGAGGAAGAUGAACCUGAAGACAAGAAAGGUGACUUUUCCAUUGUCUUGCUCAUAAGUUUAUUGAAUCAGCCAUUGUACAUGAGGAGUGUAGCUCAUCUUGAACAGCUAUUGAAUCUACUUGAAGUCAUCAUGGUAAAUGCUGAAAGUGAGUUUGGGAUGCCGGCUAAAGGUGGGGAAUCCUCUGAGGAGCCCUCUGGCUCUGGAGGUACCUCACAAGAUGCCCCUAUGAAGGUUGACACUGUUGGCCCUUCUGAGGAUGGUGAUAGUAAAUUAUCCAAGCCUGAGGAUCAUAGUAGCUCUUCUCCAUGUGUGAACAAUGAAAGCAGUACUCGUUCUUUGCUUCUUAGCCUGCCGCAGGGGAACCUUCGACUCUUGUGCUCAAUGCUAGCACGUGAAGGACUGUCAGAUAAUGCAUAUGGUCUUGUUGCUGAGGUGUUGAAGAAGCUAGUGGCUAUUGCUCCAUCCUACUGCCAUCUCUUUAUAACAGAAUUAGCUAACUCAAUGCACAAUCUAACCAUAUCUGCAAUGAGUGAGUUGCAAUUGUAUGAGGAUGCUGAGAAGGCUCUUCUCACAACAUCUUCUACGAAUGGGACAUCAAUCUUACGAGUUUUGCAGUCAUUGAGUUCCCUUGUUGCCACAUUACAUGAGAGUAAUGAUCCCCAACGUCUUCCUGAGAAGGACCACACUGAUGCUCUUUCUCAGGUAUCGGAAAUAAAUGGUGCAUUAGAAUCCUUGUGGAUAGAACUGAGCAACUCCAUCAGCAAAAUUGAAAGAUCUUCAGAAUCAACAUCAGAUUUUUCUACAAUGUCUGAAAAUUCUGCAUCGACAAGUACAAAUGCAAUUUCACCUCUUCCGGCUGGCACCCAGAACAUUUUGCCAUACAUUGAGUCUUUCUUUGUGAUCUGUGAGAAGCUAAGACCAGAGCACUCAGAAGUGGUCCAAGAGCUUGGCACUGCACCAACUACAGAUAUUGAAGACAACGUAAAUUUGUCCAGUGGUCAAAGAUCACCUAUGGUAUCUUCAAAAGCUGAAGAGAAGAAUGUGGCAUUUGUGAAGUUCUCAGAGAAGCAUAGAAAGUUAUUAAAUGCAUUCAUUCGCCAGAACCCUGGGUUACUUGAGAAGUCAUUUUCUCUCAUGCUCAAAGUACCUCGUUUCAUCGAUUUUGACAACAAGCGUGCUCAUUUCCGAUCAAAAAUAAAACAUCAACAUGACCAUCAUCACAGUCCAGUGAGAAUUUCAGUGAGAAGAGCCUACAUUCUGGAAGACUCAUAUAACCAGCUUCGGAUGAGAUCACCUCAGGAUUUGAAGGGAAGGCUCACCGUGCAUUUCCAAGGGGAAGAAGGUAUUGAUGCUGGGGGGCUUACAAGGGAAUGGUAUCAGUUGUUAUCCCGUGUUAUUUUCGACAAGGGUGCCUUGCUUUUCACCACAGUGGGCAAUGAUUCAACAUUUCAGCCAAAUCCAAACUCGGUUUACCAAACAGAACAUCUAUCGUAUUUUAAGUUUGUAGGCCGAGUGGUUGGCAAGGCUCUCUUUGAUGGUCAACUUCUUGAUGUCCAUUUUACUCGAUCUUUCUACAAGCACAUUCUAGGGGCGAAGGUUACUUACCAUGAUAUUGAGGCUAUUGAUCCUGAUUACUAUAAGAACUUAAAGUGGAUGCUUGAGAAUGACAUAGGUGAUGUUUUGGAUCUCACUUUCAGCAUGGAUGCUGAUGAAGAGAAGCUGAUAUUAUAUGAAAGAGAAGAUGUAACUGAUUCUGAACUGAUUCCUGGUGGACGGAAUAUCAGAGUCACAGAAGAAAAUAAACAUGAGUAUGUUGAUCGUGUUGUGGAGCAUCGACUAACUACUGCCAUUAGGCCUCAAAUCAAUGCAUUCAUGGAGGGCUUCAAUGACAUGAUCCCUCGGGAGCUGGUUUCUAUAUUUAAUGACAAAGAGUUGGAAUUGUUGAUUAGUGGUCUUCCAGAUAUUGACUUGGAUGACUUGAGAGCAAAUUCAGAAUAUUCCGGGUAUAGCAAUGCAUCUCCUGUCAUCCAGUGGUUCUGGGAGGUGGUUCAGGGCUUCAGCAAGGAAGACAAGGCUCGUUUCCUGCAGUUUGUCACUGGCACUUCUAAGGUUCCUUUAGAAGGUUUUAGCGCUCUUCAAGGAAUAUCUGGCUCACAGAGGUUUCAGAUCCAUAAAGCCUAUGGAAGUUCCGAUCACCUUCCUUCAGCUCAUACUUGUUUCAAUCAACUCGACCUGCCAGAGUACACUUCGAAAGAGCGUUUGCAAGAGAGGUUACUUCUAGCUAUCCAUGAAGCGAAUGAAGGGUUCGGUUUUGGUUGAGGUGGUGGCACAAGAGCAAACGCCUCGAUGCUGUACAUAUUCUAUAGAACGAGAAGAGGUAGAAACCAAAGAGAGAUGACGAGCUUCCAUCUGACUUGAUCUGCUGCCAUCUAUCAAUAUUUAACUCUGCCCCCAACUGCUUGACUCUUGCAAAGAAAAAUAAUUUACCAAAAUCUUUAUUGGUCUUGUGUGCUAACUUCAGACGGAAAAAUUAUUCAUGGCUGGCGUUGAACUAGAAGAAAUUGUCUUCUGUGCUCAAUUCAGAAGGGAAAAAAGAAAAAGAAAAGAAAAAAAAUUCAUGGCAGCAGUUGGGCGUUUGAACUGGAAGAAAUUGUCUUCUGUGCUCGCUUCAGAAGGAAAACAAUUCACGGCAGCGGUUGGGUGUUGAAGUAGAAGAAAUUUACUACCGGAUAGCUGUGGUAUACAUUUUUCGGAUGUAUAUUUAUUUAUCAAUUGUUUUAUUAAUUUUUAUUUGUAUACAUCUGCUGUUUUUUCCCAUAGUUAUUAGUUGACCUCUGGCCUUGAUUCUGGUAGCAGUCAACUUCUUGUCAUUGGCAAAGCCUGUUUUGUAGAUAUGCAUGUAGAUCUUUCCUCUGUGCUUGUACCAAAUGUGAUGCUCUUCGCUAUUGUUAAGUAAUUUUUCUGAAUGUUUGGAUUAAGCCAGUCUUUGUUUUGAGCUGAGGAGAUUUGGAACU